AUAUCACGUAUCACAUUGUGCAACAAAAAGGUGGUGUUUGGACAGCAAAGGUCAAUUCAGCCCCUAUUUAUCAGUUGUUCCAACUUCCCAGGAAAUCUCCCUGCAGAAAGAUUCAUUUUGAUUGCUAGAAGAAAUCUAUCGUCAUGUCCAAAUCAGUGAAGCAUAGCAUGCUGGAGAAGUUCCGGGAGAGAUUCCCAUUGGGCAAAAGACAACUAUCCAUCAAAGCCCGGGAAAGCCUCCAGCUUGAAUCAAAAUCAAAGACGGACUCUCAGCCGACACACAACACAGACGACGAGGAUGAUGAGGACCUUUGGACGCUUGCCUAUAAUCUGCUCAAAAAGGGAACUCCGACUCUGGUUGAGAAGUAUAACCGGAAAGUCCUUUCACUCAAGUGUAUAAAUAAAAACAGCUCUGAUCCGCUGUCAGAUAUAGAGACAACCCGAGAAAUUGUUUCCGCUCUUGCCAAAGCCCACGAAGACAAGCAGUGGAAUGUGCCAAGGGAGCAAGUAGAAAAGCUGGUCAAGUUCGCACUAGGAUGCAACUCGAUCAUUAGGCUAGCCGCCAAAUCUCAGCCGUAUACGACCCUGGCUUGGUCGGGAGUGUCUGUUUUCCUCUCGCUGCUUUCAGAUGGCCUGGAGCAAGCAGAAGUCAUGCUUGACGGGUUCAACUGCACGUACUUAAAGGUCUCCAUAAUCAAGCUCUAUGAGCUCAUAUUAAAGUACCAGGCUAUCGUCAUUUGCCGUCUCCCGGAAGGACAAAUGAAACGUGCAUGGGAUGCCACAGAUGCGCGUUGGAAGGAUGAAAGAUGA